AUGACAUGUGACAGCUGCGUCAAGGCCGUUUCAGAUUCCCUCUACCAGCUGCAAGGCAUCACCAAGGUCGACGCCAAUCUCAAAGACCAGCUCGUUUCGGUAGAAGGCACAGCCGCCCCCUCGGCCAUCGUAGACGCGAUCCAGGCGACAGGAAGGGACGCCAUCCUUCGAGGAUCAGGCGCAUCAAACAGUGCGGCUGUCAGUAUCCUUGAGUCUUUCUACCAGCCGAGUGAAGUCUCUUCUACAGAGACUCCCGAUGACGGUCGCAAGCGCGAGGUCCGGGGCCUCGCCAGGAUGGUCCAGGUCUCACCCACAACAACGCUGAUCGACCUGACGGUGCGCGGUGUCACACCCGGCACGUACCAAGCGACCAUUCGGUCGUCCGGGGACCUUCACGAUGGCGCCGCCUCCACCGGUGGCAUCUGGACGGAGGGCGAGAAAGAGGGCUCGCCCAAGGGCGAACUGGGCAGCUUCACUGUCGACAAGAACGGCAAAGCAAGCGCGUUCCUGAACCACCCUUUCCAGAUUUGGGAGAUUAUCGGUCGUGCCAUGGUCGUCUCCAAGCAGGAUGACGCUGCCGCGCCGUUGAAGAACGAUGCGGAUACGCUUGUUGGUGUGGUUGCGAGGAGCGCCGGCAUGUGGGAUAAUGACAAGACGGUUUGCUCGUGCACGGGCAAGACGUUGUGGGAGGAGAGGCAGGAUGAAGUCAAGAAGGGGAUGCUCUGA